AUGCGCCCUACCAGCUUGUUCGCAGUCUUCUGUUUUCUCAUUCGAACUCAAGCGUUUGUACUCGAAAAUGGAUGGAUUGGUAGUUCGAGUCGAUUUGGAAAGAUAUCCAAGCCUUUGGCCCUUCAACCAACGAAUGUUUGCCCCUCUACCUCGCAAGACGAAGUUCUAUACCGGUGCAACAAACUUGGGCAGUCUUCAAUAGAAGAAAUUGAGCAAAUUUUGGACGAAAGCUCUGAUGGUGCUGGCUCGUUGAGAUCAAGUAUCAUCGAUCAAGUCUUCCCAAUGAUGUUAUCGUUGUGCAGAUCAGAGUCUACAGAUGCUGCAGUGAGGGUCGAUAAAUUACUCAACCGAUUAGAAAUGGAAAUGAACGCUGGGAAUGAAAACGUGGCCCUCACAAACAAGCACUACACCAUUGCCAUUGUUGCGUGGGGGAAAGCAGGAAAUGCAGAUGCCCCAGAAAGGGCUGAAAUGAUCAUGGAGAGACUCAAGAGACAAGGCGAGAGCUCUCCAGGGCUAAAACCUACUAGGGUUACUUACAAUGCACUGAUGAAUGCAAACGCCAAACUUGACAAUCACGAGCGGAUUACGGCGCUACUAGAUGAAAUGGAAAACAAAGAUAUUUACCCUGCAACAAUUGAUUUCAAUGUUCUUCUCUCUGUCUAUGGGAGACUCGGAAGGCCCCGUGACGCAGAACAGAUAGUACAAGGAAUGAUUGAUCGAUCCCAGCAACUCAGCCUCGGACAACAAUGCUACCCAGACUUAUAUUCCUACAAUAUGCUUUUGAAUGCAUGGUCACGGUCGAGUGAAUCCAAUAGAGGCAAACGUGCCGAGGACAUUAUCAACUACCUCUGUGAUCAUAGUGAAUGCAGCUUUUCCCCCGACAAGAACACGUAUUUGGCCGCAGUCUCUGCACUGGUUCAUAGUGGCGAAAAGAAUGUUAUACAGCGAGUAGAGCGGCUAGUGAACAAAGCGAAGUCCACGGGAAUUGAUUCUGAUGUGUUUCUAGAAUCACAAUUGUUGGACGCUUAUGCCUCCUGCUCUUCACCAGGGUCGGCUAGUAAAGCAGAGGCACACUUGAACGCGCUGCAAGCUAAGGGCAUUGCUAAUACAGUUUCGUUCAAUACCGUACUCAAAGCUUGGAAAGCGAGCAAUGAUCCUAAUUCUCAAAAACGCGCAGAGAUUCUGCUAGGAAGAAUGAAAGAGCUUGGAUUUGUCAAUACGAUCAGUUACUCGACUCUAAUUUCCACUUACGCCAAGAAAGGGAAUGUGGAUUCUGCAGAACGAGCUGAUGCAAUGCUUUCGGAAAUGUCAGCAAUGGGUCUUGCUCCCAAUGUCUGGACACUUAACAGUGUAAUGAGCGCUUGGGUAAGAUGCCGACAAAUCAGAAGGGCCGAAAACAUUCUUGAUAGAAUGGAACAAGGGGUGUAUGCUGGAAGAGGGGAAGACAGUCGUACGGGAACGGUUGCUCCAAAUGUAGUCUCCUAUACAACGCUGAUGAAUGGAUGGGCGAAAUCAAAGGAUCCGAAGUCUUUCGAAAAGACUGGGGACGUUUUUAGACGAAUGGUGCAAGCUUACAAUGAUGGCAAUACGCUCGCUCAACCAAACUUGUUCAGCUUCGUGACACUAAUAGACAGUCUUGUUCGGUCGAAAACGAAAAGGGCAGCUGAAAAAGCAGAGAGCGUCUUGUUCGAGAUGUACGAAGACUACAAAGAUGGGAACCUUGAUGCCAAGCCGAAUGCCAAACUAGUCAGUAUAGUGAUAGAAUGCUGGCAAAAGUCUCGAGAAAACGACUCUGGCGAGCGAGCGGAGGCAUUGUUGAACUGGCUCAUUGACAUUAAUGAAGUCGAGAACGAUGAAGAGUUGAUGCCAAAUGAAUUCACCUUUACGUCUACCAUAUCUGCCUGGGGAAAAACAAGAAAAUUUGGCAAAGCUGCCAGAGCAAGAUCAAUUCUAUCAAAGAUGAUUAAAAUGCACCAAAAUGGAGUGAUCAAAGCCAAGCCAAACGUGCAUGCGUAUACCGCAGUAAUAAACAGCUGCGCGUAUUGUGAGAACGACCUAUUAGAAAAACGAGAUGCGCUUCAGAUAGCAGUCAAGACAUAUAAGGAACUUGUGGCCUCAGAACAUGCGAAGCCCAAUCAAGUAACGUUUGCAACACUUCUAACUGCGCUUCGGAAUCUCAUGCCCGCAGGUGAAAAGCGAGCUGCAGCUGCAAAGACAGUAUUCCAACACUGCGCCGAUGCUGGUCUCGUCACCGAAUUAGUGUUGAAGAGGUUGCAAUCCACGCUGAGUGCUGAUCAGCUAGUUGACAUCGUUGGCGGUAAUGCAAUUUCUUCCCACGGAACAGUCAAUACUGCCAAUCUCCCGGAGAGCUGGACGAAAAACACAGUAUACGAACGGCGUUAA